GACGACACCCGCCAUGGCCGGAAUACGACGCAAGAGGCCGCCAGGACGGCUCAAGAGGCCGCCAAGACGGCCCAGAAGAGGCCCCCAAGACGGCCUCGAGAAAGGGGUCCGUAGCCAUUUUGGCUCAAGUCAUUUUGGCUCAAGUCAUUUUGACUCGAGGCUCGAGACUCGCGUUCCCACCCGACAGGCGCCCGCUGCAGCUCGAUCGUUCGCCCGCCAUGCGCGCGGACAGGAGCGAGUUCCUGCCGCUCCAGCUCCCCCUCGAGAGCGACUGCGAGCCAGGGGUGAUCGCCCCCGCGCGGGCGCCGCGCGCGCCGCGCGAGCAGCGCGCUCUGGCCGGGGCGGCGGCGCUGUCGGCGGCCGCGGCGGCGCUGGCUUUGCUGGCUGUGGCUUGGCGCGCGGGGCCCUCCACGGGGGCCGCGACUCUUGCCUCUCCCGAGGUUAUAAUUGUCGAGGCUGCCAGCAAUGUGAGCGGCGGGGAUCCCAGCGAGACCGAUCCGUGCUCGCAGACGGGGGCGUCUUGCGACUUGCGAACUUACCCAGUGCUGUUCUGAGCCUGGCGCGAAGUGCUACAAGAAGAACGACCAUUGGAGCUCGUGCAACCAAACUUGCAACCCAUACAGUCUGUGGACGGUUGACGGAUGGGUCACGACGAACGAGACAGUCUGGGACUGCACGGAGAUUCGGCCGCCGUGCUCGGCAACUGGGGCGUCUUGCGCACUGUCCCAGUGCUGCUCUCAGCCAGGGGCGACGUGCUACAAGAAGAAUGACUACUGGUUCGCGUGCAACCAAACUUGCAAUCCAAACUACAUGUGGAUGGAGAAACGGCUGGGUCAAGACGAACGAAACAGUUUGGGAUUGCGAAGUCAUCAGCAUCGACAGUACCGACGUUUCGUCCGACUCCGAUGUCAGUAUUGCCGCUGGCGCCGAUGUGUCGGCAGACGCCGCGAGUAGCUCCGAUGUCGCGACAGCCUCCGUUUGCUCGCCGAACGGGGAGUCUUGCGCACUUACCAUGUGUUGCGCUGAUCCUGACGCGACGUGCUACAAGAAGAAUGACUACUGGUUCGCGUGCAACCAAACUUGCGACCCAAACUCCAUGUGGAUGGAGGACGGGUGGGUCAAGACGGACGAGGCUGUUUGGGAUUGUGGUGAACAUAUUAUCGAUGAAUCAGAGGACUCGCAGACUUUCUGGUACUGGUUGCUUCGCCUGCUCAGUAGGUAGUAGCACUUAUAUGGCAUUUUCAGCCGUCGCCUCCUCAACACGUGCAGUCUCGCAGACUUCCAUUAUCCCCCCUUCAUCUCAUCUUCUACUCCUCAUGCUCCUCCCUAAAGGGCUGCGCCCAUUUAGAGCGCCUAGGUGCACGAGAUGAGACUGUCAGUGAUCCUGUUGUUUAAAAACUUGUUAGAUGCUGCCAGAAGCUUUUAGCAGACCAUAUCGCUGGCCUUUGUUUUUGCAUCUUGCUGGAGACCCUGGCAGCAUGCCGAGGCGUCUGACUGUGCCAGAUCCCUCGUCGAGAAUUCUCAUCUCAGCCCCCCCCCUCCCCAAGAUGCCUCCUGCCCACUCUCUUCUUUCUCCUUCCUCCUCCUCAUCCUUAUCAUCAUCCUCAUCAGAUACAUUCUCGCGUUUUUACCUUUUCGCUUGCCCCCUGUCAGUCCAAGACAACCUAAGGGGCCCGUGGGAUUGAAGCAGGCUGUAUUGAUCGAGCCUAGUGCAGAGAAUCCCGUCGGGCUGCCUAGUGGGCAGCAUGCGCGCAAGGCACAGCCCAGGGGUGGUGCGAAAGGCAGUCCGCUCGAGUGUGACGCAGACAGGCGGAGCCGGGCGGAGCCCGAGGGCGGCAGGCGCAGCCAGGUGCGCGCGAGCCAAGUUUGUCAUUGGCGUCCUUUGCACAGUGGGCGGUGCUGGGUGACCCGUUCACACAGACAGCCAGCGGCCUGGAUGGUCGUGCGAGGACCGCGCGGCACGGCGCGCGUCGGUGCGGCACCGCGCUUCCCGUACGCGCGGCGCGGCGCAUCGACGGAGUAGCUCGACCAAUGAAGACGCUGCCAAAGGCCAGAAAAAAAAAGACGGCCUCGAGAAAGGGGCAAGAGCGCGGACCCAAGCCGACAUUUCGAGCCCAGGUGCCAAGAGCCCA